UGUGUUGCCGGGGCAGUGGUGAGGGGACCCGGAAGCGGCGGUGAGACCCAGUGGUUCCCGAUCGGUCCCGAUCCUACGGCUGCUCCCGGCGGCGCAUCCCGAUACCGCCGGAUCCCGGCAGCGGGUUUCCCAGCGAAUCCCCGGCGGAUUCCGUACCCAGCGGGCCCUGGGCAUGGCGGGCCGCGGGAAGCUGAUCGCGGUGAUGGGCGACGAGGACACGGUGACCGGGUUUCUGCUGGGCGGCAUCGGGGAGCUGGACAAGCACCGGCGGCCCAACUUCCUGGUGGUGGAGAAGGAAACAAGCCUGGCCGAGAUUGAGGAGACGUUCCGGUUCUCGGGUCUGGUGCCAGGAGUGUUUGGGGGAUCAAGGGCUCCAAGGGAUCCCGAGGAGCGUGUCCCACCUCGCUGGGGCGCCCAUGGCUCUGUGUGCCCCCUGAUUCUCCCUUGUUUCCCUGCCCGCAGGGGUUUCCUGGCGCGGGAGGACGUGGGCAUGAUCCUGAUCUCGCAGGCCCUGGCGGAGCAGAUCCGGCCGGCGGUCGCAGCCCAUGCCCGGGCGCUGCCCGCGGUGCUCGAGAUCCCGUCCAAGGACCACCCCUACGACCCGGCCCGGGACUCGGUGCUGCGCCGUGCCCGGGGGCUCUUUGCACCCGAUGAGCUGCGAUAGAGCCCCCCAGGACCCCCCUAAGCCAUCCUGAUGCUACCCCAAAUCUCCCUCUGAGCUCCCCCAAACAGUUCUCCUGGUACCCCAGUAUGUGCAAACCCCCGCGGCACCCCCAAGCUAUCCCCUGUGCCCGUGGUCUCUUUGCACCCAACCAUGGGCGACGGGCAUCCCCAAAAAGUCUCUGGUACCUUCCUGACACCCUCAAACAGUUUCCCACCACUCCCCCAACUUCUUCACACUCGACAAUCUGUGAUAGCCCUCCCUAGUACCCCAGAACAACCCCCAGCACCCCGUGGGGUCACAAGCUGGGCCUGGGGAUCUCCACCCCAAAGAAACCCACCCAGAGGCUUCCAGCCCACCUGGGGCAGUUGUGCCCCAUGCCUGGGGGUCCCCACCACAAGAAGUCCCCAGCCCAUCCCAGGGUGCUGCUGGGGGGGUCCCUGGGGUACCCAGGGUGUCCUUGGGGUGCUGGGGGGCUGUGGUUGCUCUGUGGGUCUGAGGGUGACACAUGGGGUGUCUCUGAAGGCAGCCACGGGGCCUUGUGGAUGACCUAUGACUGUGUCUCAGCUGUGUCCCGUGAUGGGGAAGUGCUACUACCGUAUCCUGCUGAAUCCUACCAGAUCCUACCAGAUCCUGCCUGUAGGCAGGGAGGUUCACCUCAGCAGGGGGGGCAAAGGAACACCCCAAGGACACUGGGAGUUGUCCCCAUGACCUUGUCACCAUUCCUCCAGCUUCUUCUCAGCCUCCUCAGCCCCAGCAGAACCUGGGGGAACGUUAUUUAUUGUCCUCCCCCAGUGCCCAAGUGUCACUUGUGUCCCCCGUGUUUCUCCCUGACAGUGUCCCCAACAUGUGCUGACAC